AUGUCGUCGAAGCUACCCGCUGCGCUGAGUGCGACCGACGAGGACAUCACCCUCUUGUUGUCUGCCCAGUCGCAUAUUGGAACAAAGAAUUGCGAUGUAGGAAUGACACCUUAUGUCUACAAGCGAAGACCAGACGGAAUUCACAUCUUGAACGUCGGAAAGAUUUGGGAGAAGAUUGUCUUCGCUGCCCGUGUCAUUGCCGCCAUCCAAAACCCCAAUGAUAUUGUGGCGAUCUCUGCUCGCCCGUAUGGUCAGCGUGCUGUCCUCAAGUUUGCCCAACAUACUGGUGCACAGGCCAUUGCUGGUCGUUUCACCCCCGGUUCCUUUACCAACUACAUCACCCGCUCCUUCAAGGAGCCACGCUUGAUCAUUGUCACCGACCCGCGAGUCGACCACCAGGCUAUCCGUGAAGCUGCCUACGUCAACAUCCCAGUCAUUGCUAUUUGCGAUACCGAUGCGCCAUUGCGCUUCGUCGACGUCGCCAUCCCUGCAAACAACAAGGCCCGAAACUCGAUUGGUCUUAUUUGGUGGCUACUCGCUCGUGAAGUUCUCCGUUUGCGUGGAACGAUCCCACGAACACCCGGUGGCUGGAACGUCAUGGUUGACAUGUUCUUCUACCGUGAUCCCGAGGAGGUUGAGAAGACGGAAGAAAAGGUACCUGGUGCCAUUGAAGGUGGUGCUGAGACUGCUGCGGUCACUGCUGAAUGGGACCCUGCUACCGGCGCAACCGUCGCUGCUGCCGCGAACAUUGACUGGGCGGCGGAACCUGCUCAGGGGACCGACUGGGCUGCGGAACCUGCUGGCUCGGGUUGGGAUGCUGCGAAUGCAGGUGGAGGAUGGUAG